CUAAAUAAGCUCAAAAUUUCCAAAGUUGCAAGGCAAGAAAAAUAUGGUGCAAUUGAGCAAGCAAGAAAGGUUGUGGAGAUUGGUAAGUGUUGCUUCAGCCGUAAUUGGAUUAAUCUUCAGCUCCUCCAGCUCCUCCUUCAACCAUCUCUUCGGAAACUGGAAACCAUGGAAGAUCAUUUUCUACACUCUCUUCAGUUCCAUCACUUCCGUUCUUGCNCUGUGACUACAUUCUUGGUUAUGGUCUCCACCACCGUCUUCUCCUUCUUCUCCGAUAGAGCCGCCGCAGAGGUCGCAAAACCAGAUGCACACAACGUGGUUUCGUCUGUUGCUUUUUCCGCCAUGUCACUUAGCUUGUCAAGAAACGUCCCCUUUGAAUUCGAGGAACUCAUGUACUUCUUCAUGGGAAUCUUUAUAGCUCAGAUGAUGAAGAUUAAGAUGCUGUUGGGAUUUUCUGUUGGAGUAGUGCUUAGCUUUUGCUUUGUGAUUCUGCAUUCUCGUGUAGAUGAAGCUCAUGAUCGAACAGAAAGUGUUGGAAUCCAAGAUGAGCAGCUUCAAGUGGCCAUUGAUGUAGCUUCACUGCAAGCCAGUGGUGAAAACCAAGGAAUCACGUGGGUGAUGCAGCGGGUCCGGCAAGCGGCUCAGAGAUCUGGAACCCGACCCGAAUCAAUCCGGGUUGUGGCGGUCUCCAAGACGAAGCCGGUUUCUAUGAUUCGUGAACUUUACGACGCAGGUCACCGCUGCUUCGGCGAGAACUACGUCCAAGAAAUUAUCGAAAAGGCUUCUCAGCUUCCGCAAGACAUUGAGUGGCAUUUCAUUGGGAAUUUGCAAAGCAACAAAGUCAAACCGCUUUUGAGUGGAGUUCCAAAUCUGGCCAUGCUCGAGGUGGUCGACAAUCAGAAGGUGGCAAAUCAUCUUGACCGUAUGGUUUCAACCCUUAAAAGAAAUCCGCUGAAAGUCUUGGUGGAAGUAAAUACAAGUGGAGAAGAAUCCAAAUCUGGUAUUGAUCCUUCCAAUUGUGUUGAUCUUGCUAAACAUGUAAAAUUGAGUUGUCCGAACCUUGUGUUCUCCGGCUUGAUGACAAUAGGGAGGCCUGACUACACCUCAACUCCAGAGAACUUUAAGACCCUAUCCAAUUGCAGAACUGAAGUUUGCAAGGCACUUGAGAUGCCUGAGGAGCAAUGUGAACUGUCAAUGGGCAUGUCCGGCGAUUUUGAGUUAGCGAUUGAAAUGGGUAGUACAAAUGUGAGAAUUGGGUCCACAAUAUUUGGACCAAGGGAUUAUUCAAAGAAACAAGAGUAGACUCUUUCUUGCAUACACAUGCACAUAUGUAAAUUUUAUUGUACUGUAUUCAUUUUCCUUGACAAUUAUGUAAUUAAAUUUGUAAUUAUUAGAACAAACAGCUUAUAAAGAAUGAUGUCUAUAAACAAAUGAUAUUACCUCUGUAGUUAUACAAGUGCAGAAGUAUCAUGUUGCUUAUAGUGACAAGCU